UUAGUCAUUAUACCAUCAUUGCUCUACAUUUAUAUUUAUGUUUUCCUUAGCUUGAAAUAUAGUUUAAAUAGAAGUAUUGGUUCAUGACAUUUCCAGUGUAUCACCGACAGUAGUGUACGAAUACACAACUCCUUCGAAACCUUUCUUCUCUCUUAUUCAAAAAUAAUGGUGCAACCAAAGAAGUUCAGAGGCGUCAGACAGCGACAUUGGGGCUCUUGGGUUGCAGAAAUUCGACACCCUUUAUUGAAGAGGAGAGUGUGGCUUGGAACAUUUGAGACAGCCGAGGACGCAGCUCGAGCGUACGAUGAGGCCGCCGUCUUGAUGAACGGCCGAAACGCCAAGACCAAUUUCCCCGUACCUGAUCAGAUCACUGCCGCCGCCUCCGCCACCUCCGCAGAACAAGAUCGUAACAAUAACACUAAUAAUAAGGCUUCGGCUUUAUCUGAACUCCUUAAAUCAAAGCUGAGGAAAUGCGGUCUCAAAACGCCUUCGUCUCGCUCCUUGACGUGUCUGAGGCUCGACACUGAGAGCUGCUGUAUCGGAGUGUGGCAGAAGCGCGGCGGCAGCGGCGGCGGAGGUUAUCAACGCUCUGAUACGAAGAAUAAUAAUAAUAUCAGUAAUACUAGUACUACUACUGCUACUACUACUCCUCAAAAGGAUAAUUCAAAGUGGGUUUUGACCAUUGAGUUUGGGAAGGUUAUGAACGGCGGCGGCUGUGGUCAACGUGGUAGUUCAUCGGAGUCAACUUCGCCAGCGGCGUUUGAAGAAGGUGGGUCGUCAAGGUCAACGCAAGAAGAGGAGAACAGAGCUGCAUUGCAAAUGAUAGAGGAGCUUCUCAUGAGCACAAAUUGAUAUGAUCAAUCAUAUUAUAUAUGCCUAGCUAUGGCUUAAUGCUAGGUAAUCAUCGAAAUUAUACAUAUAUUAUAUAUAUUUAAUAAUUUGAUAAUAUAUAUCAUGAUACACUACAGUCUACGUACAGUGAGUAUAUAAAUAUGUGUAUUUAUAAUACAUUACAGUCUGCUUACAGUAAGCAUAUAUAUAUAUAUAUGUAUUUAUACACAACUUUAUGCAUAUCAAUAAUAUAUAUUUGUUUUUUUA